GACCCAACGCACAGGACACCCCCACCCCCCACCCACCCCCCCGGGGCAUUCACGCUAUCCCUGCUUGCCUCCCAGGUGUGGCCGGCCCUUUCUUGUGCCCGGAUCAGGACCAGGGCCGGGAGAAGAUGCCUUAUUCGGUGGAAACCCCCUACGGCUUCUUGCUGGACCUGGACUUCCUCAAGUACGUGGACGACAUCGAGAGAGGCCAGACCCUCCGGAAGCUGCCCCUCCCCCGCAAAGGGAAGGCCUCCAAGCCGGCCCAGAGCUUCCUCCGCAGCCCAAUGGGGGGCUGGGCCUCGACCGAGUCCCUGUCCUCCUCCGCCAGCGAGGAUGGGAAGCCGGCCUUCUCCCCGCGGCCCCGAACGGCAUCCUACGGAACCAAGGAGCUCGCCGGCAAAGACGGCCGCUCCUUCCCGACGUCUCCUCCGCCGGCCAGCCGGCUUCUCCCUCCAGCUUCCCCCAAUUCGGUGGGUCGAGGCAGCCGGGUGGAGACCACCUUGUUGGAGACCAGCAGGAGGCUGGAGGAGGCAGAGCUGGUGAGCGGCGAAGGGCCUGCGGUGCCCAAGAGGACGGGCGGCCCCUCCCAAAACAGCCCGUGUCCCCCCAACUCUGCGUCCUCUCCGUCCGGGGAGGGCCAAGCUGAGCCUGUGAAGACCAGCCCCCCUAAUUCAGGAAGGAGCACCCCGGUUCCGGCCGCCAGCCCCGCACACCUCCAUCAUGUCCGCGAGCAGAUGGCCGCUGCUCUCAAGCAGCUGAAGGAGCUGGAGGAGCAGGUGAAGAUGAUCCCCCUCCUGGAGGAGCAGAUCUGCCGGCUGAAGCAGGAGAAGGAGCAACUGGUGGCUGGCUUGGGGGAGAAGGGGCAGGCCGAAGCUGAGGAAUCGGGGGUCUUCUGCUUCCCCCCAAAACAAGGCCUCAAAGAUGGGCCUGCUUGUCCGGACACAGGAGGGCCCCAGCCCGAGAGUGAGGGAGAGGCGGCCAAAGGAAGGACAAGUAAGAUUGCGGAGCUGAAGAAACUGACCGAGCGGCUGACCGGGCCAGAGAGGGCCAGGAAGAGCAGAGGAGCGGGCCGGCCCUCGAGAGUGGAGCAGCCCGGCCAGAGGUCCAUCGGAGUCGGAGAGGAGGCGGACAUGAGUGAAGUGGUUUGUUACUACCGGAGCCAAAGACCCUGCCGGGAAGCGGCUGUUGGGUGCGAGAGGGAGACGUGCGAUGCAGAGGUAUGGGUGAUGGAGUCCUUCCUGGGGGUUUCGUCGGCUGCAGAGGAAGAGAUGGAACUGGUGCAGCAGAGAGUCCAGCACCAGCAGGCCAUCAUCACCAUGCUGGAGGGUCACCUCAAGGAGGCCACCCAGGAACUGGAGGAGUUGAGGGUGGAGGUUUGCUCCCGUAGGCCGGGCAGCCUGGUCAACCAAGCUACCUCGGCCUGUCCAGAGAUGGCUGAAGCCGGCGUGGAGGCCGUGACGCCCACCCGGUGCCAGGCUGUGGGCAGCCACGUCGAAACGGCGGAGGCUGGCGUCCAGAGCUUUCUGCAAACGUCCCACGUAGGAGUCGGUUGCAACUUGCAAGGAGGACUGGACGGAGGAGCAAAGCCCACCGAGGACUCGCCACGGAAAGCAUCGCCGAUCCCCCUGGGGACGGAGCACGGGGGCCACAAAGGGCACCUCCAAUCCACAGUGGCAACACCCGAUCCCGGCACAGCUGAGGAGGGGUCCGGCUCGGAAGAUGCCAGGCAGUCCACCAGUGGCAAGGAAGGGACCGCACAGGACGAAGCAGAUACUGGCCGAGCUUUUCCCCUGGGAAUGGGCGGCAAGGGCAGCCGUGAGCCCAACGGGGCAGAGGGGGCCUCGGGGACCGGUGCUCUGAAGUCCAUAAUGAAGCGGCUGGACAGCCCGGCCAAGGCAGAUCCGGGGGUCAGUGGGAAGAAGACCCUCCAGUUUGUGGGCCUGCUGAAUGGCGAGUAUGAGAGCACCUCUAGUGAGGAGGAGGAAGAGGAGGAGAAGGAAGAAGAGGAAGAGGAAGAAGAGGAGGAGGAGACCCCAGGCGUGGGAUCUGCCCACAGCUCCUUCAGCGAGACCGUUGGCGGCUUGGAGGGCGAUGCGGCUGCCAGCCCGGAUGUCAGUGACAGCAACGAGGAGGAGGAGGAGGAGGAGGAAGGCAGCCCGGGCACAGAGGAGGCACCACCAGGGCACCCAGAGCUGAGCCCUGACCCUGAAGAUGCGGCCGGACAGGGAGGAGCAACCCCCAAGGUCAAAGAGAGGUAA